AUGCAACUUUCUUCGCAAGCCGACGCGUCGCCUUUCACUCGACACGCGCGCUCUUGCGUCACUCAAUCGCUCGUCACCGAGCUGGAGUUCACUCACUUUGAAACUCAAGUGUACGAAGAGGUGUGCAAAGCUAAUUCUACUAAAGUUUCAUUUCAUUCAACAAUUCGGCUUCACGUGUUCUACCUCAACAUAUUUCGUAGGCAAUACCUACCUCUAGAUAUGCAGCCAAACGUGCCACUUGGUGUAUCAAACCAACAGGCA